UCUGCUUCGAUGGUUUGGGAAUUGCGAGUGUUCAGUGUUGAGUUGCAGAAUACAACUGAACAAAAACCCUCAAAAGCCCCGAAGUGUUCUGAGUUCUCGCACGGAAUCGGAGCAUACAGAAACCAUGGCAUUCACUAUAUCGCCAAACUCAAUUCAUCUCCCACAAAGCUCUCGAUUUUCUGGGAGAAAUUCUUUUCUCAGAGCCUCUGUUCCACCUCCAAUCUUAUCCCCUCCGUCUCUCAGGUUUCCUAUAAAGUGCUUAGCAAAUAGGCUGGUGGUCUGUGCUGCAUCCUCAGCUGCAGGAAGUUCAAGCUCAAACAGUGACUUAAAUCCUUAUGAGGUUCUUGGUGUGAGCCCCAUUGAGGGAUUUGAUAUGAUAAAGGCAUCAUAUACGAGGAAACGUAAAGAAGCUGAAAAGAGGGGUGAUGAAGCAACUGCUGCAGAACUCGAAAUGGCAUAUGACAAGAUCAUGAUGUCACAACUAACCAAGAGAAAGAAAGGUGUUACAUUUGGAUCAUUUAAGGUUUCAAAGGAGAUAAAGUAUGCUGAUAAGCAGCCUAUUGUACCAUGGGGUCCCAGGUUCAGCAAAUCAGAAGUCAAAGAUAUACGGAUCAAUAUGGCAAUUUCUGCUGUAUUUACUGCCUGGGCUUUUAUCCAGCGCAAUGGUGAAUGGAAGCCUUUGCAAUUCCUGGCCUUUGCGUUUGUAUACAGGAUUUUCGAAAAAUUAAAAGCGUUCGAAUCUCCUGUGUCUCCUACAUUUACCGAAGAAGGCGAGGAUGAUGGGCGAAUGAUGAGGAUGGGAAAAAGGCUACUUCGAUCUCUUGCACUGGCUUUUGGGUGCAUUGCAGUUGCAUCUUUGGGAUAUACCGGCCUCCUAAAUCUGAUUGAAUUCACAGGCAGCUCGAUUCCCGCUAUUAUUUACAACAAUCAGGAAUUGAUUGUGACCACUGCAACAUCCGUCUUGCUUUUCAUUACGGCAUCAUAUUACAGAUGAUAGAGCCACGUCGCCUUCCCGGGAAAAGGUAGAGUUUUUAAGUUUGGGAAAGAACUGUUUCGGGUGUUGUGGGGGUGGGUGCCAAAGUUUUGAAACUGUCACUCUGCUGAAAUAGUGAAUGAGGGUUUGUUCUCUUUUUAGGAGAUUCUGAGGAUUAAUCAAUUUUGGGUUAUCAUCUUACAUAUGCCAACAUGUUUUUGCAUGUGCAAUCCCAUGUAUUUCAACUCAGUAUGCCCUGAGAGUUUGAGUUCAAAACGUAUUUGAUGAUUGAUUCUGCUUUUCCAGUUUGUGUUGUGC